UGUAAUCAAGAGUCGCACGCCCGGAAGCGUGAGUGUCUGAGAUUGAGCAUCUGGACAUAAUCAGUAGUUUUAUCAGCUCUACAAGUUCUACAUCUUCUCCCAUAACACACUGUUUGCACAAUGGAAACGAAGAAGGUUUUAAACUUUGGUGCAGGACCGGCGAAACUUCCACAACCUGUUUUGAUCCAGGCCCAGAGGGAACUGCUGGAUUACGAUGGUCUCGGGAUUAGUGUCCUUGAAAUGAGCCACAGGACAUCAGAUUUUUCCAAGAUCAUCAACACAGCUGAAACUCUACUGCGUGAACUUCUGAAUAUACCGGACAACUACAAGGUUUUGUUUCUGCAAGGUGGCGGUACGGGCCAGUUCAGUGCCGUUGCUCUGAAUCUGAUCGGUCUGAAGAAGGACCGUUGUGCAGAUUAUAUCGUUACCGGAACCUGGUCUGCCAAGGCCGCCAAAGAGGCCGAGAAGUACGGCAAAGUGAACGUGGUACAUCCGAAAGUGGACCGGUACACCGGGAUCCCAGACAGCAGCAGCUGGUCACUGAACCCUUCAGCAUCCUACGUCUACUACUGCUGCAACGAAACAGUCCACGGCAUUGAGUUUAAUUUCAUUCCUGACACCAAGGGUGUGAUUCUUGCCUGUGAUAUGUCGUCAAACUUCCUAUCACAACCAGUCGAUGUAUCAAAGUUCGGGCUAAUAUUUGCGGGCGCCCAGAAGAACGUGGGAUGCGCAGGAGUCACUAUUGUGAUCAUAAGGGAGGAUCUGUUGGGGAAAGCUUUGAAGGAGUGCCCUCUUGUAUUUGAUUUCAAAGUGCAAGCUGAAAAUAAUUCCCUUCACAACACCCCACCUUGCUACAGCAUCUACAUUGUGAAACUGGUCUUGGAGUGGAUCAAGAGUAACGGCGGCACAGACUCCAUGGAUAAACUGAGCAAGCAGAAAUCCUCCCUGAUAUACGACAUCAUCAACAGCUCCAAUGGAUUUUACUCAUGUCCCAUCGACGUCGGGUGCCGGAGUCGCAUGAACAUCCCGUUCCGCAUUGGAAACAGUGAAGGAGACGAAGCCCUGGAAAAACAGUUCCUGGAAGGCGCUUCAAAACUUGGAAUGAUCUCAUUAAAAGGACACAGAUCUGUUGGUGGAAUACGAGCUUCUCUGUACAACGCGGUGACUUUGGAAGAUACUCGAGCUCUCGCUGCGUACAUGAAGGGGUUUCUAAAUAAGCAUCAGACUAAUAAAAUGGUUCAUUAACCUACAAGUCAUAUUACCAUGCAGCCUUAAUCAUUAAUAAUGUGGUGGUGGUGUUUUAAAAAAAAAAAAUAUAUAUAUAUAUAUUUUUUUUUUUUGGUAGUAAUGUGAUAACAGUGUAUACUGUAGAUGUCACUUUCCUUUUUGGUUAGCACUGUCUGUAGUGGCAUUCCUGUAGCUGGGGAAUAGUUGUUUCCUAAUCUAAUUUUACUGAGUAUUAAACACUACAUUAUUGUGUCUUAAAUUAAUACUUGAAUAGGUAUUUGAUAGUCACACUCCUCUGGCCAGGAACACUGUGUCUAUUCAUACUAUUACUAGAAACAUACUGUUCAUACUGUCGAACAGGAAACUAAUAAUUGUGGUUUUAACAGUUAAAAUGUAACCUUAAUGCUCAUAUAUGAAAAUGAUCUCUGUUUGUAGUAGAUUAUACGAGGACAUUUAUACACUCUCAAAAUGGAACAGGAUUUGGGAAUUAAAAGGACUGCUGAUAAUUUCA